CCCCAUAAACCCUUACGUAAUUAAUGGACAGCCCCUAAAUUAAUCUAGUUUGAUUAAUAAAGUGAAACAAGAAUAUGUAUAUUUGAUUUAUAGAUUGCAAAAAUCAGAUUGUAUUCAUCUUAGGGACUUCUGCAUGAAUUUAUGCUGGGCUGCUUACUCUCACCGAAAAUUUGACGUUUGAGCGGAGUAGUACCGCUCAAACGUCAAAGUUUUCGGUGAGAGUAGACAGGCCAGCGUACAUUCGUUUCAGAAGUCCAUUGUUUACAUUUUAGAGUUGUGUCCUGUUCCAGGUCCUGUUCAAUUGUUGGUCUUGAUUUCACUCAGUGGCGUGGUUGUUUUGCCGGCGGUUGCAAUUUUUUGAGAAUUUCAUUUUUAAAACUGUUUUUGAUAAAAAUGGGCCGUCCAAAGAAAUCCCAAUCACAAAAGAAUGCGGCGAAGAAGGCGAAUGCUGCCAAUAUGGAGCUAUUGGAAAAAAUGUUGCAGGAACAAUCUGCACCGGAAAAUAAACGUAUGCGCAUCGGCCGGGCAGGCGAAACCCUCAAGGCACAAGUGGAUGCCAGUAAACAUCGAGCGCCUGGAUCGAAAGGCGAAGGCUGUGCCGUUCCAUCAACAUCUGGUGUGAAACCAAAACAUGCGAAGCAGCUUCAGGCGGAACAUUCCGGAUCUGAAAAUAAACGUCCGUGUGGUGGUCGGAAAGAUCAAGGCCUAAAGUUACCGGAGAAACUAAAUAAAAAUCAAGCCGCUGGAUCGAGAAAUGAAGGCAGUGCUGUGCCGUCAACAUCAGGUGCCCCACCGAAACAUCCGGAACGAAUUACAGCCAGCUCCGUCUUGACUGUCACUUCACGCAACGUCGAUACCUUACCCACGGAUACUAUUGGAAUUAAUUCGAAAAAAAUUGUCGCUCCAUCUAAGGUUCCCGAAUGCGUAUCACCGCAUGCAGUGAUCCCUCCGGUGGUCGAAUGUGGAUUGAUCGACCAAUAUUCAGCUGGACCAUCGACUUUUCCAUCUGCAUGUGGCACCAACCCCUACGUUUUGGAACCGUCUGUUGCGGAUUCUUCGUUGGACGAGGAUAAUAUGGCAUCCAGUGAUGAAUGUGAUUUCGAGGGAUUCGAAGAGGUUUCGCCGGCGACCAACAUCGAAAAGCAAAUCAGACAGCUACAGGAAAUCAUCCAGGAAAAAGAUUCAAAAAUCGAAUUGCUUCAAACCGAGAACGUCAGGCUACGAUCGUUGAAUAUGCUUCUUCAGGAGACCAUAGUACGUAGGGAUGAAGACAAGUCUUUCACGGAAUGCGACGGGUAUCCAACUGCCGAGUGGUUGUUGUCUGUAUCGCAGAACUCAGAAGACAGCGACUACCUGUUUGUGAAAGAGAUGCUCCUUCGCUUGUUCCCAGAAGGAGUCGGAAACGCUACAGCUACAGGUAGGACCUCUAACAAUCCGAAGGGAAGGAAUAAGGAAGCAGUGAACCAAGACCCUGGCAGCCAACUAACCACCAAACUUGAUCCGAACAAGCUGAAGUACAUGAAAGAUCGUCUUUUUGAAAGGCGCCGCAUUCUUCAGGAUCCAGUAGGAAUCGCGAUGGAAAAGGCCAGGAAGAUCAACAAGCACAUUGCACAUGCAAUUGCUAACAACCCGCAACUGCGCAAACAGCCGACACAACAAUAAUCGUUGUUGCGAAUCAUUUAUCUAUAUUAUUUUAACUUGUUUCAUUCAAAAGUUAUUUUAAACACGUGCGUUUUUGGUACCAAAAGUAUGAAUUGUCUCAUUGGUUUUCGCGCAGAAUAAACUCAAUUCAUUUUAAA